AGUGCCUACCCUCUCUGGCUGCGGAGAGAGAGAUGUCAAAGGCGGGCGGGCGGCGGAGCGGCGCAGAGGAGGCAGCAGCGGCGUCGGCGGCGUCGGAGGAGCCAUGGCCACGGCGGCGUCCAACCCGUACAGCCUGCUGGUGCACGCCGAGGCCGCGCCGGGGAUGCCGCAGGGCGGGCCCUUCCGCGGGCACCACCAGAAGCUGCUCCAGAGCGACUACCUGCAGGGCAACGGGCACCCCCUGGGACACCACUGGGUCACCAGCCUGAGCGACGCCGGGCCCUGGGCCUCGAGUUUGGCCGAGCAGCCGGACAUCAAGCCGGGGAGGGAGGACUUGCAGCAGCUGGGGGGGCUCUUGCACCACCGCUCGCCGCCUCACCACCACCACGGCAACGGGGGCGUCGGGGGAGGCGCGGGACACUUACAAAGCGCCUGGUCCAGCAGCCCCAACCCUCCCGGGAAUGUUUACUCCCAAGGCGGGUUCGGCGUGGGAGCCAUGCUGGAGCACGGCGGACUCAGCCCUCCCCCGACCGCCGCCAAUUCGGUCCCAAACAACAACGUGGCCACGGCGCUGCUCCCAGAGCCCCACGACCCCUUGAACAGCCACCCCGGCGACCCUUCCGACGAGGAGACGCCCACCUCGGACGAGCUGGAGCAGUUCGCCAAGCAGUUCAAGCAGCGGCGCAUCAAGCUGGGCUUCACCCAAGCCGACGUGGGUUUGGCGCUCGGCACGCUGUACGGCAACGUCUUCUCGCAGACCACGAUCUGCCGCUUCGAGGCCCUGCAGCUGAGCUUCAAGAACAUGUGCAAGCUCAAGCCGCUGCUCAACAAGUGGCUGGAGGAGGCCGACUCGUCCACGGGCAGCCCCACGGGCCUCGACAAGAUCGCCGCCCAGGGCCGGAAGAGGAAGAAGCGCACCUCCAUCGAGGUCUCCGUCAAGGGCGUGCUGGAGACCCACUUCCUCAAGUGCCCCAAGCCCGCCGCCCAGGAGAUCGCCGCCCUCGCCGACAGCCUCCAGCUGGAGAAGGAAGUCGUCCGCGUCUGGUUCUGCAACCGGAGGCAGAAGGAGAAGCGCAUGACGCCGCCCGGGGAGAACAACGGAGGGGCCCCCGCCCACGAGGCCUACGGGGCGGGCGGGGGAGGGGGGCCCAAGGCGGACUGCAGGGACCUCUGACCCCGGACUGAGCCAGCCAGCGCCCUGGGGUGGGGGGAAACAGAGGCCAGGACCUCCCGUCGGACUCUUGACUCCGGAUCUCCAAGACUCCUCUCCGCCAAAGCCAACCAUCUCUCCCAGGCAUGGGCACACUGCGGCCCUCCCUCUGGGUGUUUUUGGACUUCCUAACAGCCUCAGGCCCCUUUGAGCGGGAAAGGGAAGGGCCGGAGCAGGACCAUAGCCAGAACAAAACUGGCUAUGGCCCUGCUCCUGAAGAGUGGUUCCGUAACGCUAAAUAAUUUAGGAAUCAGGCUCCGUGGAUAAACUUCAGUGGACACUCAAGACUAGGCAUCCUCAAGCUGUGGCCCUCUAACUCCCAGCUUGUCCAAGGGUCAGGAAUUCUGGGAGUUGGAGGGCCACAGUUUGAGGGUGCCUGCUCUAUCUGUCUCUAUCUGUGGACACACAUGGGGAUUUAAAUAAUUUAGGAAUCAGGCUCCAUGGAUAAACUUCAGUGGACACUCAAGACCAGGCAUCCCCAAGCUGUGGCCCUCCAACUCCCAGCUUGUUCAAGGGUCAGGAAUUCUGGGAGUUGGAGGCCCAAACAGCUGGAGGGCCGCAGUUUGAGGAUGCGUGCUCUAUCUGUCUAUCUGGGGAUUUGGUUAAACAGUGAGUAAACAUGAGUAAAUUCAUGAGAAAUAUUUCACGGGGGUUGAACCCCUACCCACCCCACCCCCCCUACAGCCCUGGCCUCAGGCCCCUUUGAGGAGGAAAAGGAAAGGGUUAGGAAUGAUGGGAGUUGAAGUCCAAAACAAGGCUGAAGUUUCCCCAUGCCUGAUCUAUCCUGAGGUCUCUUCUGCAUUGCCAUACAGUCCAGUUUGGUCAAGGCAGAUCUGCUUUGAACUGGGAGAUAGGAGGCCCCUUUUGCUCUGCCAUAUCUGCUCUGAAAUGGGUUAUGUGGCAGUGUGGACUCAAGGCCCUUCCACACAGACAUAUAAACCAAAAUAUCAAGGCAGGUCAUCCACAGUCUCUGCUUUGAGCUGGAUUAUAUGGCACUAUAGACUCAGGGCCCUUCUUCCCAGACAUGUAACCCAGAAUAUCAAGGCAGAUCAUCCACUAUACCUGUUCUGAACUGGGUUAUAUGGCACUGUAGACUCAGUUCAACUGGGUUAUAUGGCGGUGUGGACUCAGAGCCCUUCCACACAGCCAUAUAAACCAAAAUAUCAAGGCAGACCAUCCACAAUAUAUGUUUUAACUGGAUUAUCUGAGGCCCCUUCUACCCUGUCAUAUCUGCUUUGAGCUGGGUUAUACUGUACAGUAGACUCAUAGCCAUAUAACCCAGAAUAUCAAAGCAGAUCCUCCACAUUUCUCCUUUGAACUGGGUUAUAUAACACUGUAGACUCAGGGCCCAUCCACACAGCCAUGUAACCCAGAAUAUCAAGGCAGAUCACCCACAAUAUCUGCUUUGAGCUGGGUUAUCAGAGCCCACACUGCCAAAUAAUGGUGUUCAGUGUGGAUUUUCUACAGCUAUGUGGAAAGGGCCUCAGGUAAUCUCCUUCAAAGCAGAUCAUAAUAAUAUAAUAAUACUUUAUUUGUAGCUCACUCCAUCUUCCCUAGAGGACUCAUGUGGAUGAUCUGAUUUAGUCUGGAUUAUUUGGCAGUCUAGACUCUAAUAAUCCAUUUCAAAGCAGAUCAUGUGGAUGUCUUGUUUUGAUAAUCUGGAUUCUAGGGCAUUGUAGAAGAAGCCUGAGUCUACAUGGCCCUAUAAUCCAUCUCAGGGCAGAUAAUGUGCAUUAUGUAAAUGGGGCCUGAACAAUCCCUUGUCCCUUUCUGAUUCCAGAACUGGAUCAAACUGCAGUGUGGACUCCUCUCUUUUCCAGUUGGACUCAGGAACCGAUUGGAUGGCAGCCUGGAUCCAUUUUGAGCUUGUAUCUACUCUCCUAUAAUCCAGAUUUGCUUUGUACUGGAUUAUAUGAGUCCAUACUGACAUAUAAUCCAGUUCAAAGCAGACAAUCUAGGGGCCCCUUCUACACUGCCAUAUACAAAUCCAGAUUAUCUGCUUUGAACAGGAUUAUAUGAGGCUGGAUUUACACUGUCAUAUAAAAUCUUUGGAGGGGAUUGUCUGGUAGGGUGCAUUCAUAUAAUCCAGUUCGAAACAGAUCUUGUGUUUUAUCUGCGUUGAUAAUCCGGAUUAUAGGGCAGUGUGGAAGGUGCCUGCUUUGAACCGGACCAGACAGCAGUGUAGACUCCUCUCCUCUGGAUUCAGAACCUGGAGUCUCCAAUUCCAUCCAUCCUGAGGGGUCUCUCCAUCUCUUUCCUGACAUCCAGACGAUUUGCUUUGAGAGGAGUCUGCUCUGUUACAGGAUCCCAAGCAGAUCAUCCGGAUUCAGAAAGGGUGCCGAUCCAGCCUGAGCGAUUCCUUCCUUCUUCCUCUCCUUCCUUCCUCCCUCCCUCCCUCCUUUCGCUGCCAAAGCAAACCCAAAGCGAGCUUUUUUCGGGAAGACCCUCUCAUUUUGCAUCCCAUCCCACAAUACCAACUCAAAGUGUGUGUUUUCCCCCCAGUGUCUAUCCUUUUCCUUCCCCUGUCGCUCCCAAAAGCCACGCAGCAGUGGAAUGAAUGCAGUUGAACUGCCCGGCCUCCAUGCUCUCCUGAUUAUUACUAGCAUUAUUAUUAUUUCCUUCCUUUCUUUCUCUCCCAGAAUUAUUCAGAAUCUGAAUAAUCCCACCGACAUUUCCAACAAAUGAAUUCCAAACUAUUCAAUAUUAGUGCGUGGAUACAGUUGUGUUGUUAUUAUUGUAUUGUCAAGUAGGUUGCUGUGAGUUUUCCGGGCUGUCUGCCCAUGUUCCAAAAGCAUUCUCUCCUGACGUUUCGCCUGAAUGUAUGGCAGGUAUCUUCAGAAGUUGUGAAGUUUGUUGGAAACUCGGCAAGUGGGGUUUAUACAUCUGUGGAAUAAUGUCCAGGGUGGGAGAAAGAACUCUUGUCUGAGGCAAUUAAUCACCUUGAUUGGCAUUGAAUAAGCCUUGCAGCUUCAAUGCCUGGCUGCUUCCUGCCUGGGGGAAUCCUUUGUUGGUAGGUGUUAUCUGGCCCUGAUUGUUUCCUGUCUGAAAUUUCCCUGUUUUCUGAGUGUUGUUCUUUAUUUACUGUCCUGAUUUGAGAGUUUUUUUAAAAUGCAUGAUGAGUCAACCUGGACACAGCAUAUUAUUUGAGAACACAGAAAUACUGGACCACUUCUAACAACUAAUAUGUCAGACUACACAUUGGAGCCAUUGAAACCCACAAGUAUGUGGACAAUUUCAACAGAAAGGAGGAAACCAUGAAAAUGAACAAAAUCUGUCUACCAGUAUUUUUAAAAAAAAUUAAAAUCAAGACAGUACAUAAAGAGCAACACUCAGAAAACAGGGGAAAUCCAGAUAGGAAACAAUCAGGGCCAGCUAAUACCUCCCAACAAAGGAUCCCCAGGCAGGAAGCAGCCAAGCUUUGAAGCUGCAAGACUGUUCAAUGCAAACUGCAACAUUCACAGAGUUCUUUCUCCCACCCUGGACAUUAUUCCACAGAUAUAUAAACCCCACUUGCCUAGUUUCCAACAUACUUCACAACCUCUGUGGAUGCCUGCCAUAGAUGUGGGCGAAACGUCAGAAGAGAAUGCUUCCGAGAAAACUCCUAGCAACCCAUUAUUAUUAUUAUUAUUAUUAUUAUUAUUAUUAUUAUUAUUAUUAUUAUUAAAUAUGCUAUGGGGUGCUUGGAGGUGUCUUUUCCCCCCACAAAGGGUGGAAAACAAAAAUAAUCCCACCAUCCCCAUUUGGGGGGUCAAAACUGCAUUCAUUCUACACAGUGUCACAACGUGUGAAAUAAUUUUUCUGUUCCUGGUUGGAAAGUGUCAUUUCCCAUUUCCGUUCGUGGCCCUUAUUUGGAAAGUCGUAGUUAUAUUCCAAAAACUUUGUUUUUGCGGCUGCCAGGAAAUACAUGGAGUUGGGUGAGAGCAAAGGAGACGUGGAUUGAAAGCCUAUGGCAAAGACAGUGGUGUCCGAAGGUGGGGCAAAAACAAAGUUUGGGCAGUAAAUGAACUUUCCCCAUAUUUUAGGGCACGGCCGAUUAGGAAAUGAUGUUUAUAAGCCAGGAACAAAAAGUGGUCUGGAUCACGUAUGGGCAAAGUUAGGUGUUUUGGACAUCUGGAGGACCCAAGUUUGCCCAUGAAUGGUCUGGAUAAUGGUCUAGAUGCCCCCAUUGUUGUCCUCUCCUCUCCUUUCUUGAUCCCUGGCCUCUGUUUCUCGACAUCAUACCAUUGUUCUGUUUGAAAACAAAAGACAAGACGUGCCUAACUGCCUCUCAAUAAUAACCUUUCAGCGCCUUGCCGGGGGAAGGAAUAUUGUUUUUCUCCAAGGACUUUCCCCCCAUGUUCCUGCUUCUUUUCCCUCCGCUUUGGCUGGAUGGGGCUCAGAAAAAAAAAGACUGACUUUCUUCCUUCAAUUCGCCACCUUCUUCCUCUUUUUCUCGGACUAUUAUUAUUAUUAUUUAUACGAUGCCUUCGGAAGCAGGUGGACCACAGUGGAGUUUUUCCUCGCUUUCCUUCUCUGGCUUUCUCCAAACGGGUUUGGUGCCGGAUCCUGACGGUUUGUACUCUCCUUGGAGCUUCCAGAAGGUUUUUAUUUUUUACUUUUCCAGACUCUUCCCCCCCCCCCUCAAAGGACAUAACACGAAUCGGGUUGGGGUCCCCAAGAAGGACAAUGAGAAGAAGGUAAAGAAAGCGAAAUCCGCUUUGGGUUGCUUUGGGACUGGGGCUCUCUUUGCUUUGGAAAAAAAAUCCCAAAACAAAACAAAAUAUUGUCUUUAUAGCGCACUUGCAGAUAGCCAUAUAACCCAGAGUAUCAAGGCAAAAAUAUCCCACAAUAUCUGCUUUGAAUUGGGUUAUCUGAGGACCCUUCCGCACAGCUAUAUAUCCUAGAAUAUUAAGGCAGAAAAUCCCAUAAUAUCUGCUUUGAAUUGGGUUAUAUGGGCCCUUUCAUGCGGUCCUAUAUCCCAGAAUAUCAAGACAGAAAUUCCCAUAAUAUGUGCUUUAAACUGGGUUAUAUGAGUUCACACUGCCAUAUAACCCAGGGCCCUUUCAUGCAGCCCUAUAUUCCAGAAUAUCAAGACAAAAAAUCCCAUAAUAUCUGCUUUGAAUUGGGUUAUAUGAGUCCACACUGCCAUUUAACCCAGGGCCCUUUCAUGCAGCCCUAUAUCCCAGAAUAUCAAGACAAAAAAACCCUGUAAUACCUGCUUUGAAUUGGGUUAUCUGAGUCCACACUGCUAUAUAACCCAGGACCCUUCCACACAGCCCUAUAUCCCAGAAUAUCAAGACAAAAAAAUCCCAUAAUAUGUGCUUUGAACUGGGUUAUAUGAGUCCACACUGCCAUAUAACCCAGGGCCCUUUCACACAGCCCUAUAUCCCAGAAUAUCAAGGCAGAAAAUCUCACAUUAUAAGUGUGGACUCAGAUAACCCAGUUCAAAGCAGAUAUUGUGAGAUUUUCUACCUUGAUAUUCUGUGUGGAAGGGCCCCCUGAUAACCCAGUUCAAAGCAGAUAAUAUGGGAUUGUAUACAGUUGUGUGGAAAGGGGCCAUCGUUUCCCCUCUCCCGCCCUGGUACGUCUACACUGUAGAAUUAACGCGGUUUAACACAACUUUGACUGCCUUGAGACAAGGCUAUGGAAUCCCGGGUUUGGUGGUUUGGAGAUGAGAUUGAGAGCCUUUCCACACAGCCCUAUAUCCCAGAAUAUCAAGGCAGGAAAUCCCACAAUAUCUGCUUUGAAUUGGUUUAUCUGAGUUCACACUGCCAUAUAUUCCAAUUCAAAGCAGAAAAUGUGGGAUUUUAUUCAGCUGUUUAGAACAGCCCAUAGAGAAGGAUAAAAGAAAAAACUCUUUAAAUUACAAAUCCCAGGAUUGCAACGCAUUGGGCCCCAUCUACAUUGCGAAAUAAUAAUAAUAAUAAUAAUUAUUAUUAUUAUUAUUAUUAUUAUUAUUAUUAUUAUUAUUAUUAUUUUAUUAUGACACAGCAAACAAGAUAGAUAUGCUGGAUUUCGUAUCACAAAAUCACAAGUCGAACACUUCCCAAGUGUCUAGGACUGUGUGAUGUAUUUUCGGAUGAUGCGUGCAGACCCCAGUAGGGUGGCCUUUUGCAGUUGGCCAGGAGACUCAGGGCGGCUUCCAAAACAAGGCAGGCAAUCAAUGCCCCAUAUGAUAGAAAAUAACAUCUUGAAAUUAAAUUAAAAUCAAUCCGGGACGGUCUAAUCGCAUGAAACUGGAUGUUAUGAUUCUAUCUAACACUAGAAUCGUAUAAUAAUCGUAGAAAUCCAGUUCAGACUGCAUUAUAUAAAGGGAUCAUAUAAUUCCCUUUACUGUGCAUUAUAAGAGCAGUGUAGAUGAGGGCCAGAGUCUGCACUAAUAAUAAUAAUAAUAAUAAUAAUAAUAAUAAUAAUAAUAAUAAUAAUAAUGUUUUAAUAAUAAUAACCAAUAAUGAUCAGAUUGUAUAACAGUAUCCGAUAGGAUAAUUAUUAUUUUUAUUUAUACCCUGCUUUCUCUGCACUAUUUAUUAUUAUUAUUAUUAUUAUUAUUAUAAUAUUGGUUUUAAUAAUAAUAACCAAUAAUAAUAAGUGCAGACGCUGGCCCCAUCUACACUGCUAUUAUAAUACAGAUUGAAGGGCAUGAUGAGUUAAUUUAAUGCAGUAUCCGAUAGGAUAGGAUGGCAUUAUUAUUAUGUUUAUUUAUACUCCACUUUCUCUGCACAUUAUUAUUGGUUUUAAUAAUAAUAAUAAUAAUAAUUGCAAACUCUGGCCCGAUCUACACUGCUAUUAUAAUGCAAAUUGAAGGGCAUGAUCACUUUAUAUAGUUCAGUAUCCGAUAGGGUAGGAUAAUUAUUGUUAUUAUGUUUAUUUAUACUCCACUUUCUCUGCACAUUAUUAUUGAUUCUAAUAAUAAUAAUAACAAUAAUAACAAUAAUAACAAGUGCAAACUCUGGCCCCAUCUACACUGCUAUUAUAAUACAUAUUGACGGGCAUGAUCAGUUUAUACAAAGCAGUAUCCGAUAGGAUAAGAUAAGAUAAUUAUUAUUGGUUUUAACAACAACAACAAUAACCAAUAAUAAUAAGUGCAGACUCUGGCCCCAUCUACACUGCUAUUAUAAUGCAAAUUGAAUGGAAUGAUAUGAUCACUUUAUAUAAUGCAAUAUCCGAUAGGAUAGGAUAAGAUUGUUAUUAUUAUUGCUUUUAAUAAUAAUAAUAACAAUAACAACAACAACAAUAAUAAGUGCAGUCUCUGGCACCAUCUACACUGCUAUUAUAAUGCAGAUUGAAGGGCAUGAUCACUUUAUAUAGUUCAGUAUACGAUAGGAUAGGACUAUAACUAUUAUUAGUAUUAUUAAUAUUAUUGGUUUUAAUAAUAAUAAUAAUAAUAAUAAUAAUAAUAAUAAUAAUAACCAAUAAUAAUAAUAGGUGCAGACUCUGGUCCCAUCUACACUGCUAUUAUAAUGCAGAUUGAAGGGCAUGAUCACUUUAUAUAGUUCAGUAUCCGAUAGGAUAGGACUAUAACUAUUAUUAUUAUUGAUUUUAAUAAUAAUAAUAAUAACAACCAAUAAUAAUAAUAGGUGCAGACUCUGGUCCCAUCUACACUGCUAUUAUAAUGCAGAUUGAAGGGCAUGAUCACUUUAUAUAGUUCAGUAUCCGAUAGGAUAGGACUACAAUAAUAAUAAUAAUAAUAAUAAUAAUAAUUAUUAUUAUUAUUAUAGUCAUAUCCUAUCGGAUAUUAUUAUUAUUAUGUUUAUGUUUAUUUAUACCCCGCUUGCUCUCUCUCUACACAAAGAGACUCAAAGCGGCUUCCAGGAAAACCCAAUGCAAUGUAGAACCUAAAACGCAGACAAACAUGAAAAUAGAAUUAAAUAUUGACGGUAUUUGAAAAAGAAACAGUUUACAAUCCUUUUAAAAUGUAUUCAAAGUGAAACCGCGCGGUAUGGCGGUGUAGAUGGGGGCCUGCGUCAGGGCGGUGUCAAACUGCGUUAAGUCAAGAGUAUAGACGCACCCUCGGCUCACCGUUUGAGUUGGGGAGCCGUGCGUAUUUACAAGUAGGCUGGAUUCGCAAUGCAAAAGAAUGGGGUUUGAGCCCCAUUAGACCCAUAUAAUGUGCUUCAAGGCAGUUCAGAUUCCAUCAUAUGACAAUAAUGAAUCAUUUUGGGAGUGUAGAUCCAGCCAUAAAAGGAGUUUGUCCAUCUGAUCCAACAGACAAACGGAGGGCGCAUUGUUUGGGCAUAUUUUUCCAUUGUCCUCCAUACACUGUAUUGAUCCCAGAGACAUGUCAGGAGCCCAGGGUGUCGUUUCCAUUGCCCUUGGAUCUCAAAUAGGAAAGGCCUCAUCCAUGGAAAGACCUUGCCAACUUCCUCAUCGAAAGGAUAAAUAUAUUUUUCUCUCUCUUUUCCCAUGAAAUGAAACAUAUCCCAUCAUCCCGGCUUUUCCUGUUGAAAACAGCCCCCCAAAACACUUCUCUUCUUCUUCGACAAUAUUCGCUAUCUUUCUGCCAAGUUUAUAUGGAAAUCAAGAGAACUGUACAGUUUUGUAUAUUCUAAAUGGGGUUUUUGUUUAUGUUUUGUUUUUUUGAGGGAGGGGGGUGGAGUUCUUAAUUUAAAUAAAGGGGAGGGGGGAAAGAUCAUUUAGAUUCUUCAUUUAGUAACUGAUGUAUAAUAAACGCUAUUUUCAUUUAAAAAAAAAACCUCAAAAAGAUUGCUUUUUUCAAGUAUAAUAAUAAUAAUCAACGGCCUCCCGCAGCGGCCAAGAAUUAUUUAUUUUCCAAUAAAUAACGCAUUAUGUUUUUUAAACAAAGUUUUUAAUUUUUUUGCCAAAAAAGUAAAUAAAUAAGGCAACCGUCAAAGGAAGGAAGACUAAGACGGAAAAGAAUAAUAAUUUGCUUUUGAUGUUUUGAUUGUUCAACCAUUUUUAGUUCAAGGAACUGGGGUUUAUAUGGAUGCAAUAUUUUGUUGUAAAGACAGACACACAAAGGAAGUCUAAAUAAAACAUUUUGAUAAUUUAAAAAUGCAGAAAGAAAGAGAGAGGCAACAUAUUGUGUUAUUUGUGCAAAGUGUCCAGAGCCGAGAAAGGGUUGUUUUAAGGCAGGUCUCGGUUUCAAACCUUCCACUAUCCCUUCAUACACUGUUUACAAAUGUGUGCAUAUGUAUCUAUACAAUCUGGUGUAUGUGUUUGCGAAUAUACACACUGGUGGAUUAUUUCUACAUAUACCUGUUUCCCCCCAAAAUAAGACAGGGUCUUAUAUUAAUUUUUGCUCCAAAAGAUAGGUUAGGGCUUGUUUUCAGGGGCAGUCUUAUUUUUCCAAACUGACUUUUUAAAUUAACUCUAGGGCUUCUAUUUUGAGCAUCCUCAGAAAUGCUGAAAAAUCAUAACAGGUCUUAUUUUCAGGGUAGAACUUAUUUUUGGGGAAGGAAAGUAUAUGUGCAUUUUUGGGAACAGCUUGCCCAUAUACAUAUGGUGAAACAAAUGUUUUUGUUAUCCAUGGACACAAUACCCACAUCUACAAAUACGUAUAUAUUUACCCACAUGCACACAUCUAUAUAUGUUUAUGCAGGAUAGAUCCAGUUUGUGGGUGUAUAUGUGUGUAUUAUUGCUAUUGUAAUUGUUGUUAUUAUUAUUAUUGUUACUACUGCUACAUGUGGAUGGUAUGGAGGCCUUGGCAAAGACAAGAGGCUGGGGCUGGUUGGUUUGCAGUUUGCAGGCUUUCAAAAAGGAAAUCUAUUUAUCAUUAAUAAUAAGAAUAUUAAUAAGGAAAUAGAAAGAAAAUGAAAAUCUAUUAAUCAUUGAUAAUAAUAAUAAUAAUAAUAAUAAUGAAAUAGGAAGAAAAAUAUAUCAUUAAUAAUAUUAAUAAUAAUAGAAAUAGGAAGAAAAAGGAAAUAUAUCAUUAAUAAUACUAAUAAUAAUAAUAAUAAUAAUAAUAAUGGAAAUAGGAAGAAAAAGGAAAUCUAUUUACCAUUAAUAAUAAUAAUAAUAAUAAUAAUAAUAAUAAUAAUAAUAAUAAUAGAAAUAGGAAGAAAAAUGAAAUCUAUCAUUAAUAAUAGUAUUAAUAAUAAUAGAAAUAGGAAGAAAAAAGAAAUAUAUCAAUAAUACUAAUAAUGGAAAUAGGAAGAAAAAGGAAAUCUAUUUACCAAUAAUAAUAAUAAUAAUAAUAAUAAUAAUAAUAAUAAUAAUAAUAAUAAUUUUUGAUAAACUUGUUUUCUGUUGGGAAGAGACAUUUCCAGAGGAAGGAAGUAGCAAAAAUGAUCUCUGAUUAUUUCUUGCCUAAGAAAACCCUAUGAAGUUUAUGGGAUCUCCGUAAAACCAGAGGCAACUUGAAGGCACAUAUAUGUACACAGAGAGACUUUCAUUCUGAAAGCUGAGAUACUACAAAGGUUACUGCCUAUAUAUGUAUAUGUAUAUAUGUGUGUGUGACUUCAAGUUGCCUGUCCUCUUAGGACGACCCCAUGCAUUUCAUAGGAUUUUUCUCAGGCAACAACAGGCCUCUACCAAUCUCCUAAAGCCAAAGGAGUUUGGGGGAGAAAGAAAAGGGAAUUUUCUUUCCCUGCAUUCUAGAAAGAGAAUAUUCUAAAGCCUUUUCCUUUGGAGAAAUGCUAGCAAUAUAAAGAUCUCUCUCUCUCUCUCUCUAAAUGCUAUGACUUUAUGUGGCGGGUGUUAUGUAAGAAACUCUUUGUUUUCCCAUAUAUAUGUGUGUGUAUAACGACAACAUUUUAUUAAGGUCCAAAGACCUUAUUGCACCCUAGGUGUAUAAGGUAUGCAGAUUAAUGAGAUGUAUGUAUAUAUACACACAUAGGUAGACUGUUUACAUCUGUGGAUUUUGUUUCCGAAAGAUACCAAAUCCAAACUAAUCGAAUAAUAAAUUAUAAGUUGGCAGCUUAUCAUUGCUGGCUAGGAGUAAAAUAUUAUGUGCCGAUCAAAAAUGGGCAAAUUGCAUUUUAUAGCCAAAAAAUGCAUAUUCUCUGCAUAUUUUUUUCAAAAAUAUUCAGAUGGAUUUGGUACCUUUUGGAAACAAGCUAUCUCUUUCCACACGGACACGAAUGUGUUUAUGUGCAUGUAAACAAAUACUUACGCCAAUAUAGAUAUGUGUGUGUAUAAUCUAUAUUUUUAUCCACACACAUAUACACACAAACAGAAACGGUUUGCUAAAUGUGUAUUUAUAAAUGUAUAUGUGUGUGAGAGUGAGCGGAUAUCAAAAUUCAUGUGUUUUCCCAUAUAUGCAUAUUGACAGACAGCUUACAUACACAUGACUGUAAGUGUAUACAGAUGUGUGUAUCUGUACAAUCUGCCGGUGUAUGUGUUUGCAUAUAUACACACUGGUGGAUUAUUUUUUACAUAUAUAUGCCUGCUUGGGAACAGUUUGCCCAUAUAUACACAUGGCAAAACAAAUGCUUUUGUUAUCCAUUCAUACAAUACCCACAUGUACACAUACAUAUGCAUUGAUGUUUAUGCAGGAUAGAUCCAGUUUGUGUGUUUAUAUAUGUACAUUGUUGUUAUCAUUGUUAGUGCUACAUUUGCGUGGUAUGGAGGCCUUGGCAGAGGCAAGAGACUAGGGCUGGUUUGCUUGCACUUUGUUUGCUGGCUUUCAAAAAGGAAAUCUAUUUAUCAUCUAUCUUUCAAUGCUCAAUCACCAUUCUUUGUGGCUUGUAGAAAAAAAAGUAGUAUUAAACUACACAACCCUUGUGGAUGGAGAAUAUCCAAGAUUGCAGUGAUCCUGUUGUAAAUGAAUAGGAUAUAUGUGUGUGUGCGCAUGUGUAUGUGUACACACACACACACGUGUAUAUAUCUGGGUGAUAUAUGGGUCUAAGUUGUACAUUUGGUAACUUAGGGAUCCUGUUGUAAAUGAAUAGGAAAUGUGUGUGUGUGUGUGCACACACGUGCACACACACAAAUAUCUGGGUUAUAUAUGGGUAUAGGUUGUGCAUUUGGCAACUUAGUGAUCCUGUUGUAAAUAAAUAGGAAAUAUGUGUGUGUGUGAAUGAUGUGUGUAUGUGUGUGUGUGUGUGUGUGUAUACACAUACACACACUCAUAUAUCUGGGUGAUAUGUGAAUCUAAGUUGUCUGUUUGGCAACUUAGUGAUUCUGUUGUAAAUGAAUAGGAAAUAUAUGUGUGUGUGUAUAUGUAUAUGUAUGUGCGCACGUACACACACACACAAAUAUCUGGGCGAUAUAUGGAUCUAAGUUGUCCGUUUGGCAAUUUAGUGAUACUGUUGUAAAAGAAUAGGAAAUAUAUGUGUGUGUAUGUAUGUAUGUAUGUAUGUGUGUGUAUACACACACACACACACACACAAAUAUCUGGGCGAUAUAUGGGUCUAAGUUGUCAGUUUGGCAACUUAGUGAUCCUGUUGUACAUGAAUAGGAAAUACAUGUGUGUGUAUAUAUGUAUAUGUAUGUGCGCACGCGCACGCACACACACACACACAAAUAUCUGGAUGAUAUAUGGAUCUAAGUUGUCCUUUUGGCAACUUAGUGAUUCUGUUGUAAAUGAAUAGGAAAUACAUGUGUGUGUGUAUAUGUAUAUGUAUGUGCACACACACGCACACACACACAAAAAUAUCUGGGUGAUAUAUGGAUCUAAGUUUUCCAUUUGGCAACUUAGUGAUUCUGUUGUAAAAGAAUAGGAAAUAUAUGUGUAUGUAUGUAUGUGUGUGUGUGUAUACACACACACACAUACAAACAUAAAUAUCUGGGCUAUAUAUGGGUCUAAGUUGUCAGUUUGGCCUUUCCCCUUUGCCCCCUAAUCGUGUCCAUUUCAACUUAAGGACUGUCCAAGGCCUGCCUGACUUUCUCUCCCUCUCUCUCUUUCUUUCUUUCUUUCUUUCUUUCUUUCUUUCUUUCUUUCUUUCUUUCUUUCUUUCUUUCUUUCUUUCUUUCUUUCUUUCUUUCUUUCUUUCUUUGCGUGGGGAUGGCCUCUGCUGCCUCCUCAGCCACUCCAACGUGCUAUCCUUUCUCUCUUUCUCUCCCUUUCUUUCUCUCGCUCUGUCCUUCAGAGGCCAGGGCUAUAGGUCUGCCCUGCUAGGUCUGGCUUAGCCCCUUCCUUGGCACCAUUGGUGGGUCAGCGACAAAAGAAAGGGGCAAACAAAAUGGGUUCACCCUUUGCCCUCCCUUGACCUCGGUGGGCAAGUUGGGAGACAUCUGACUUGCCAAUGAUCCUACAGAAAGGGACAUAGUGUGUGGAUGGAGGUCUUGGCAAAGACGAGGCUGGGGCUGAUUUGUUUGCAGUUUGCUGGCUUUUAAAAGGAGAUCUAUUUAUCACACUGGCCAAUACUUAUUUGGUGCUUCAAAUGGUAGCCCUUGUUUUGUUUCUUUGACCUAAUGGUUCCAAAAACUACACCCCACCCGUUCCCCCGUCACCUCUAAUUUUUGAGAUACAGAAUAUAUGGCAUAUGCCAGUUUCCAAUAGAAAAACCAUGAUAAUCAAUACCACAUCUAAGAAACCAGAACAAAUAAUAAUAAUACAGUCUAUCCAAAUGCAAUUUUCUGAAUCAGUUCCCCAAAGAACGCCAGGAAAAGGGCUGAGUUUCUGUUGUUGUUGGUUUGUGUUAUCUAUUUAUCUUUCAAUCUAUCCUCUUUGUUUGUGAGUUGUAGAAAAAAGAAGUACUAAGUAUAGUUUGGGAGGGGAAAAAACCUUUGUGGAUGGGGAAUCUCCGCAAUGUCUGUGAUCCUGUUGUAAAUUAAUAAUAGGAAGUUAGGAACCAUAUAUGCUGGAUCAUGAUGUCCAUCAUCUGUCUUGUGUAUUCAGUGUGUAAUCCUGCCCUGCAUUUGUACUCCUUGUGUUUAGCUUUCACAAGCUUUCUUAUGAUGGAAUAGUUCAGAUGAGCCACUCAAAGGCCCUAUGUGAUCCAUACUGAAUUGCAAAAAUAAUAAUAUACCGUCAGGCUCCAGUUUGUUACGCAUUGGUUCCUGGAGCCUCUUUAUAUCCCAGUGUUUUUGUCUCACUUGGAAUAAUUCAAAAACUGUCUGAAAUCCAACCAUUGGAGCUAAUCUGGGAAGGAAGAAAUAGGAUGCAACAAUACUCUUUGAAAUGCCCAUAAGUGAUAUUAUAAUGCAGAAUAUUCUAAGACGAAUCUCCCCUCCGCCACGCAAUGUCUGUGUGGCGCAGGAAAGAAACACUGUGUUCCCAAACGGUUCAGUGAUUCCGUCCUGGCCGUAUAUUCUCUCCUGUGUUUUCUAUCAGUCAGACUCCAUUCUCUUCAGAAUGGAUUUGUAAGAGUCUGGGGCUCAGCAAUGGGCACUGAUGGAUCUGUUGAGAAUGGUUGCCGGAGCAGUUAAAUGGACAUGAAUUCGCCUCCUUUUGUUGCAUAUUUAGCUAUUGUCACCCCCAACCUUUGGGAACCGAAGGGGGGAUCCUUGGCCUGGCUUUAGUUCCCAUAAAAGCUCCAGACGUGGCUGGAAAGGGCAGGAGGGGGUGGGAUUCAGGGGGUUUCUUAGGAUUGUCGUUUAUAAAAAUGGGGAGGAAAAAUAGACUUAGGAAAAUAAACAAUAACCAUUGAUUAUAGGCAGUGGGAUGACAGUGAGUUUUGUUUGUAUUUCUUCCCUAUAACCAAGGUGUCGGUUGUAGGAAAAUCAGGCAAAAGAUAGACAAUCAGUGCAAAAAAAACAUCAAUUGAAACAUUAAUCCAGGCAACCAGGAGGGUUGGGGGCCAGGAAAAAGAAGGGAGGAAGGCCAGGCCCACACAACAUAUCCUUCAAGAGCAAAGAGAAAGAGUGACGGCCACACUUUAGUAAAUCUAGGCUUAUUUUUAAAAACAAAUCCUUACUUAAUAUGCACAGCUUCCCAUUUGCUCCUAUUACAUCAAGCUGUGAGAAAGAGAGAAAACAGGGCAGUGGGUGCCCUUGUUGUGAUUGUUGCAUAUUAUUAUUAUUAUUUUCCUGAUUUUAUCUCUUGAUUUGAGACACAUUAAAGCGCAUUUUCAAAAUCUAUAGCAUAUACGUAUUAAAACAGAAUUAAACAAACGUGCGAAUAAAUUAUCCUCUCCAUCCCUUUCUAGCCCCUUCCCUUCUCUAAAUAGUUUUUGUGCUUUAGCCUUCGACAGACUUCUAUUUUCUAGAUUUUAAUGUGAAAUGUCUUGUAUGAGACUGUACCCCACUCUCCUUAUGCUGGUCCAUGGCCAUAAAAAAAGAUCUUUGAUUUUGAUCUUUUGAUUACAAAUACAGUAGAGUCUCACUAAUCCAAGCCUCGCUUAUCCAAGCCUCUGGAUAAUCCAAGCCAUUUUUGUAGUCAAUGUUUCCAAUAUAUCGUGAUAUUUUGGUACUAAAUUCGUAAAUACAGUAAUUACAACAUAACAUUACUGCGUAUUGAACUACUUUUUCUGUCAAAUUUGUUGUAUAACAUGAAGUUUUGGUGCUUCAUUUGUAAAAUCAUAACCUAAUUUGAUGUUUAAUAGGCUUUUCCUUGAUCAGUCCUUAUAAUCCAAGAUAUUCGCUUAUCCAAGCUUCUGCCGGCCCAUUUAGCUUGAUUAGUGAGACUCUACUGUACAUUAAAAUCCCUUAAAAUGCUUAGAAAUAAUUCAAGUGGUGUAUAUAUAUAUAUAUAUAUAUAUAUUAACCCCAUGGCUCAUGCUUUAAAACUUUCUUCCUCAAAGGCCUGUCUGGAUUUUAAAAAUAAUUAAUCUUAUAUAUGACACAGAGCUUGAGGGUUGUUAUUCGUGAGAGACUUCAGAACAGUAAGGUUUUUCAUUAAUAAUGGAGUCAGGAUGAUGAUGAUGAUGAUGAUGAUGAUGCUGAUAAUAAUAAUAAUAAUAAUAAUAAUAAUAAUAAUAAUAAUAAUACACUUUAUUUAUAUUCUGCUCUACCUCCCCGAGGGAACUUAGAAUGGAUUGCAACAUACACAGAUAGGCAAACAUUCAGUGCCUUUAAUACAGUGGAAUAACAAUGACGUACAAAUACACAGAACAAAGGUAAAGGCUUCGCCUUUCAUCUCCGGCUUUCUGGAAGUGGCUCUCAACUCUGGCCAUGGGGAGGUGCUCUUGUUCCAUUUCCAAUCUGGGGAGCCUGUCGUCUGUAGACACGUCCUGAUUGUGUUGCCGGCAAGGCUGCAUGGGCGCCUUUAAUACCUUCCCACUGAAGCGGUACCUAUUAAUCUACUCACAUUUGCAUGUUUUCGAACUGCUAAGUUGGCAGGAGCUAGGGUUGACAGCAGGAGCUCAUCCCGACCAGCAGUUUUGAACUGCUAACUUUUAGGUCAGCAGAUUCAACAGUUCAACCUGUUGGGCCAUCACAGCCGUUAAUCAGCGUGGGUUCUGACAAUUAAGAAAAGUGAUAGUUUUGUAUCCAUCUCAAAAUAGGCUUCUCCUCCACCUUUGGUACUUUGUCUGGUCAAUUGCCCACAAAAGCUCCAUUGCUUUCCAAGAAGGCUUCUGGGAUGCUUUGGAGUAAAAUCCCAGGAAGGAAAACCCACAGUCAUAGAUAGAUAGAUAAAUGGAUCCAUGAAAAUAUUUCAGAAGAAAAUGUGACAAAGGAAGAUGAGGGAACCCUUAGAAAAUGCUUCCAGUCAGAGCAAACUGGCAUUGGGAUGGAUGGAGAAAGACCUGGCCCUAGAUCUGGAGGUUCAGGUUGUAGCCCUGGAAGGAUUUUAACCAGAACCCAGAGCUGGGUUAUCCAGAUGUUUUGGAGCACCAUUGUGUUGACCCGUGUUUAGCUGGACCUUUAGGGAGGCCAAAACCAACUCCUUAGUUGCUCAGCCCAUCAUCCAUGUUUCAUUGAAUGAGUUUGAUGAGUUUUCUCAUCUAAAUGUUUCCAUCUCAUCUGUUUUAUUCCCUUCUGCCUUAAUGACGUUUUUAUCAAAGUUGUGCCAAAACAAGCCAAAUAACCAACAAUUUAGGACCCCAUAUAUAUGUUAACUCGGUGCUAAUUAUGAUAUAAUCAUAAUUAGGACCAAGUUAACAACAAAACCACUAGGCCAAAUCACACCAAAUUUGGCCACAAUACUCAUCACUUUCCAAGGUGACCAUCAAAAAAGAAAGAAAGAAAGAAAGAAAGAAAGAAAGAAAGAAAGAAAGAAAGAAGGAAAGAAAGAAAGAAACAAAGCCAGAAAAAUCCCAUUGUUACCCAACUUGAAUACCAUUGAAUAGCCUUGCAGCUUCAAAGCCUGGCUGCUUCAUACCUAGGGGACUCCAUUGUUGGCCAACUUGAAUACCAUUGAAUAGCCUUGCAGCUUCAAAGCCUGGCUGCUUCAUACCUAGGGGACUCCAUUGUUGGCCAACUUGAAUACCAUUGAAUAGCCUUGCAGCUUCAAAGCCUGGCUGCUUCAUACCUAGGGGACUCCAUCAUUGGCCAACUUGAACAACAUUGAAUAGCCUUGCAGCUUCAAAACCUGGCUGCUUCAUACCUAGGGGACUCCAUUGUUGGCCAACUUGAAUACCAUUGAAUCACCUUGCAGCUUCAAAACCUGGCUGCUUCAUACCUAGGGGACUCCAUUGUUGGCCAACUUGAACAACAUUGAAUAGCCGUGCAGCUUCAAAACCUGGCUGCUUCAUACCUAGGGGACUCCAUUGUUGGCCAACUUGAAUACCAUUGAAUAGCCUUGCAACUUCAAAGCCUGGUUGCUCUAUACCUAGGGGACUCCAUUGUUGGCCAACUUGAACAACAUUGAAUAGCCUUGCAGCUUCAAAGCCUGGCUGCUUCAUACCUAGGGGACUCCAUUGUUGGCCAAAUUGAAUACCAUUGAAUACCCUUGCAGCUUCAGAACCUGGCUGCUUCAUACCUAGGGGACUCCAUUGUUGGCCAACUUGAAUACCAUUGAAUAGCCUUGCAACUUCAAAGCCUGGUUGCUCUAUACCUAGGGGACUCCAUUGUUGGCCAACUUGAACAACAUUGAAUAGCCUUGCAGCUUCAAAGCCUGGCUGCUUCAUACCUAGGGGACUCCAUUGUUGGCCAACUUGAAUGCCACGAAGAAAACUCCACAGCAACGCGUGGCCGGGUACAGCUAGUAUGUAUGUGUAUGUGUGUGUGUGUGUGUGUGUGUGUGUGUGUGUAUACACACACACACACAUACAUACAUACAUACACACACACUGUAUCUGUGUGUGUGAGUUUUAUGUAACACUCUUUUCCUUGGCCUAUGUUUGAAAGCCUUGAUCCAGUUCUUUGUAUGCCAUUUGGUUGAGAGUCUCAUCCUGCGCUUUCCAUCUAUUCAAGACUUCUAGUGGGUGGCAAUGAAAAAAGUGUGUGCUUUCACCCACCAUUUUCGCGGCCCCAGACUGGGAUGCCAUGGAUGACGGUGGGCUGCGUUUGGCUUGUAGGGUCACAGCUUGGGCAGGCUUACUGUAAUGUAUGCAGACUGCAUGAAUGGAGAUGAUAAUGUAUGCAGGUGGUAUGAAGCAUUACAUGCAGGAAAGGAGCUGAGGUUUUGUUGAUGAUUAUCCCGGCCUUGAAAUCCCUGGUUAAAAAACAAGCCCUAUUUUAUUUUAUUUUUUUACUGGGCUGUUUCAAAUCCUGGGUUGGGAUGGGAGAAUGCCGCUUUCCUCCACGAGAAAUCUCCCAUCUUAUUAACGAUAGGAUUUAUUUAUUUCCAAGCCCUUGUAACAGUAAGCUGGCCCUGUUUUUUCCCCACUGGGGAUACUCAGAUAAUUAGUGUGCGUCUGCUUGUGUAGGCUGAAAUUUAAUAAGAUCCCCCUUCUACGUAGAGGACUUAUCAAUUAAAUAGGCCGUACCCAGAAUUAUAAGCAUAUUUUGGCUAGAAUGGCUCCCACAAAGGAUUGAGGCUGUGUAUUGCUUCCCAAAUCUGGGCAGAGAGGGGAAACAUCAAUUCCCAAACUCACAAUCAUUCUUUGCAAAAAUUGCGCUAUUGCUGUAAUUAAAAUAUUGUAACUUAGCACACAGGAGUAGAAUUAAAAUUGUCUAAGGAAUUCGAACUCGCUGUCGUUUAAGGUAAUUGUAUAUCAAUGGUUUUCGUAUCCAAUAUCUAUAGGAAAGAUUGGAAUACCUCAACGAUUUUGGAAUCUGGAAAUUUUCAGAGAGAGAUUGCAACCCUCUCUGUAUUGACCUGGGAGCAAAUGGAUACUCAUUCAGACAUUAUUACUUCUAAGUAGUUAUAUAUAGGAUAAGCUGGAAAAUGUUAAAUUGCCUCUGUGUCUGUCUGUAUGUUGUAUGUUUGCCAUGUAUAUGUGCAUUGUGAUCCACCCUGUGUCCCCUUUGGGGUGAGAAGAGUGGAAUAUAAACACUGUAAAUAAUAAUAAUAAUAAUAAUAAUAAUAAUAAUAAUAAUAAUAAUAAUAAUAUAGAAUUGCAGCAGCCUGUGCAUCCUAUAAUAUAAUUCAAACAUUAUUACUUCUAAGUAGUUAUAUAUAGGACAUAUACAAUUGCAGCGUCCGGCAGAAGCUUGGAUAAGCAAAUAUCUUGGAUAAUAAGGAGGGAUUAAUGAAAAGCCUAUUAAACAUCAAAUUAGGUUAUGAUUUUACAAAUUAAGUGCCAAAACAUCAUGUUAUACAGCAAAUUUGACAAAAAAAGUAGUUCAAUACGCAGUUAUGUUAUGUUGUAAUUACUGUAUUUACUAAUUUAGCACCAAAAUAUCAUGAUAUAUUGAAAACAUUGACUACAAAAAUGUGAUGGAUAAUCCAGAAGCUUGGAUAAGCAAGGCUUGGAUAAGUGAGACUCUACUGUAGUUAUAUAUAGGACAUUUAGAAUUGCAGUGGCCUGUGCAUCCUAUGGUCAUGCAACUGGAUGCUUUCCUUUUGUUUGCAUUCUCCUUGCUCUUGAACCCAUCCAAUGCUUACAUUUCAUUUGGCAGCUGAAAGGCAGAAAUACAAGACAAGGCCGGCAUAAUAAAAAAUAAGGAGAGAAGUUUUCAGAGGAACUGAGUCUCAAGGAAACCCAUUUCAGGAGAAAGUUCUUUUGUGCUUCUCUUUUCAAGGUCUGGCCAAAGGAAAUGCUUUCCUGCCACCUAAUGUUAAGCACAGAUCACUGUCGGCUUUCUCCUCCAGCCGGUUUGCAUAAAUAUAUUCAUGACACACACCGACUGGAGCAUUAAGCAAGAUUUGGGAGGCUUGAAUGGGAUAUUGCAAGUUAAUCAGAAAGAGAAGACUUUCCCAAUCACCUGAUGUGAACUCAUUCCCUUCUCUUCCCACAUUUCAUACAUUCAUCGGAGAACAAUCAAGUCUUGAGGAAACAUGGGAUAAAAGCUCAGCCGUGAUGCAUAUAUAUAUAUGAAUCAAGAUUUCGCUAAAUAUAUGUGUAUAUGUAUAUAUGUGUGUGUGUGUGUGUGUAUACCACACACACAUAUUAAUGUAUAUUAAGGAAUACACACACACACACAGGUAUGUGAAUCAGAAUUUAGCUUAAUAAUAAUAAUAAUAAUAAUAAUAAUAAUAAUAAUAAUAAUAAUAAUAAUAAUAAGGCCUAAAAGGCCUUUAAAGGCCUGUCUGGAUUUUAAAAAUAGUUACCAUAUAUACUCGAAUAUAAGCCGAUCCAAAUAUAAGCCGAGGCAUCUAAUUUUACCACAAAACAACUGGGAAAUCAUUGACUCAAGUAUAAGCUGAGGGUGGUACAUUUCAGAAAUAAAAAUAGGUACCAAAAAAUUACAUUAAUUGAGGCAUCAAUAGGUUAAAUGUUUUUGAAUAUUUACAUCAAGCUCUAAUUUAAGAUAAGACUGUCUAACUCUGAUCAAAUCAUUAUUCUCAUCUUCUUCAAUGUAAAUGUGCUUAUGUAUCCUUUUAAUCAUAAUAGAGUAAAAUAAUACAUGUAAUAAUAAAUAGAGUAAAAUAAUAAAUGCAAUUAAUAAUAAUAGUAAGAUCAGAGUGAAAUAAUAAAUGUAUUAUUAUUAUUAUUAUUAAUAAUAAUAAUAAUAAUAAUAAUAAUAAUAGAGUAAAAUAAAUGUAAUAGUAGCAACAAUAAUAGAGAAAAAUAAUAAAUGUACCAUAUAUUCUUGAGUAUAAGCUGACCCAAAUAUAAGCCAACCAGGACCCUCACCCGAGUAUAAGCCAAGCGGGGCUUUUUUGGUCUUAAAAAGAGGGCUGAAAAACUAGGCUUAUACUCGAGUAUAUACAGUAAUCUUAUAUAUGACACAGAGCUUGUGGGUUGUUAUUUGUGAGGAGCUUCAGGAACAGUAAGGUUUGUAAUUAAUAAUAGAUUCAUAAUAACGAUGAUGAUGAUGAUGAUGAUGAUGAUGAUGAUGAUGAUGAUAUACUUUAGUUAUAUUCCGUUCUAUCUCCCUGAGAAGACUCAGAGCGGAUUACAACAUACACAGAUAAGCAAAUAUUCAAUGCCUUUAAUACAGUAGAAUAACAAUGACAUACUCAUACACAGAACAAAGGUAAAGGCUUCCCCUUUCAUCUCCGGGUUUCUGGAGGUGGUGCUUAACUCUGGCCAUGGGGAGGUGCUCUUGUUCCAUUUCCAAGCCUAGAAGCCUUUUGUUGGUAGACACCUCCUGGUCGUGUUGCCGGCAUGGCUGCAUGGGUGCCUUUAUUGCCUUCCUGCCAAAGCGGUACCUAUUGAUCUACUCACAUUUGCAUGUUUUCGAACUGCUAGGUUAGCAGGAGCUAGGGCUAACAGCGGGCACUCACCCUGAACUGCAACUUCAAAGUGCCAACCUUUAGGCCAGAAGAUUCAACAGUUCAAUGGUUUAGCAUGUGGCGCCACCAGGUUAUAUGUAUGUGUAUGUGUAUGUAUAUAUUCCUUAAUAUACAUUGCAUUAUCUUUA